AUGGGCUGCACCUCUGCCAUUGUCUUCACCUGCUUUGGCGCCGCGUAUGGCACGGCAAAGUCUGGUGUCGGUAUCUCCGCCAUGGGUGUUCUUCGCCCUGAUCUCAUCGUCAAGAACAUCGUUCCCGUGAUUAUGGCUGGUAUCAUUGGUAUCUAUGGUCUGGUCGUCUCGGUGUUGAUCUCCGAUAAACUCUCUCAGCAAGAAGCCCUCUUCACCAGCUUCAUCCAACUCGGUGCCGGCCUGUCCGUUGGGUUGUCAGGUUUGGCAGCCGGAUUUGCCAUCGGCAUUGUUGGUGACGCAGGUGUCCGAGGCAGUGCCCAGCAGCCUCGCCUCUUCGUGGGCAUGAUCCUGAUCCUCAUUUUCGCCGAAGUUUUGGGUCUUUACGGACUCAUUGUCGCAUUGCUCAUGAACUCCAAGUCUGAGACCGAUGUGCACUGCUAA